GGGGAACGAGCGGGCCCCGCGUUCCUUCUCCCCGUCCGAGCGAGUGCCGGGGGUCUCCGCAGCGCCCGCCGGCCCCGAGUGCUGCGGGCGAGCGGCGGGGGAGGCGCCAUGGCCGACCGGGCGCGGGCGGCGCUCUCCGAGUCGGGCUGGUGUCUUUCAGAUGAAGGAAUUGAAGCUUGCUUAAGUUCAUCUGAAAAAGUUAAUACGAAUGAUAUUAUCCUGGUUGCCCUUAAUACAGAUUUAAGAACGAUUGGCAAGAAAUUCCUCCCCAGUGACAUCAAUGGUGGAAAGGUGGAAAAGCUGGAAGGGCCAUGUGUCCUGCAAAUACAGAAAAUUCGCAAUGUUGCUGCACCAAAGGAUAAUGAAGAAUCUCAGGCUGCUCCCAGAAUGCUGCGUUUACAAAUGACUGAUGGACACACAAGCUGCACAGCUAUAGAAUACAGUAGCAUGUCAAAAAUAAGCCUGAACACUCCACCUGGAACAAAAAUUAAGCUUUCAGGAAUUGUUGAAGUGAGAAAUGGAUUCUUGCUGUUGGAUGACAGUAACACAGCAGUUCUUGGAGGUGAAGUGGAGCAUCUUAUAGAAAAGUGGGAAUUACAAAGGAGUUUGGCAAAACACAAUAGGAGUAACAUUGGAACAGAAGGUGGCCCUCCUCCUUUUGUACCUUUUGGGCAGAAAUGUGCAUCAUAUGUGCAAGUGGAUAGCAGAGAUCUUGAUCGCAGAAAGACUCUGCAAAUGACAAAUACUGUAAAACCUGUUGCGGACAAUGAUGAAUUUGAAAAGCAGAGAACAGCUGCUAUAGCAGAAGUAGCAAAGAGCAAAGAGACCAAGACAUUUGGAGGAGGUGGUGGUAGUAGCAGAAGCAAUCUCAGUGUGAGUGCUGGAGGGAAUCGAAACAGGGAACUGUUCCAGAAAGAGAAGAUAGCAAAACCAGAGGGGAAGAAUGAAGGUGUCUACCGAGAACUGGUUGAUGAAAAGGCUCUAAAACACAUAACAGAGAUGGGUUUUAGCAAAGAAGCAGCAAGACAGGCACUUAUGGAUAACAGUAACAGCCUGGAGGCAGCAUUAAAUUUUCUUCUGAACAACAGUAAACAGAAACCCAUUCAGGGACCACCACCUAGAGGUAAGGGGAAGGGCCGAGGCCGAAUAAGACCUGAAGAUGAAGAAGAGCUAGGAAAUGCCAGACCAUCUGCACCAAGCACACUGUUUGAUUUCUUGGAAUCCAAAAUGGGUACUCUAACAGUAGAGGAACCAAAAUUGCAAUUUCAGCCAACACAUCAAGUACAGCACAAAGUUAUGAAUACAGAACAGAAUGGCAUCAAAGAGAAUCAUUCAAGACACAUUUCUCGCAAUGACAUGAGACAACCAAGGAAUGAGAAACCCCCUCGUUUUCAAAAGGAUUUUCAGAAUUCAAGGCAGGCUUUGGAAGGUGGUGGGUUGCCAAGAAACAGAGGUCCUGAAAGGCACAGCUCUUUAGAACACUGGACAGAUGAAAAAAAUAAAAGUGACAGACAUUAUCCUAGAAAUGACAGGUCAAAGGAUUUGGGUUAUCCCAUAACCACUCACCAGAGUGAUAUUACUUUCAAAAAAAGGGAUAACAACAUGCAAAACAGAGUAGGAAAAGGAGUGUCUUUCUCAGAAUUCAAGGAAAAUUCUGCUGCUCAAGAUGUGACAGACAACAAUAACCAGAAACGUGGGAAAAGGGAAAACCAAACACACAAUUCAGAAAAUUUUUGUGAUAGGAAGGCACGAACAAUAAGUAAUGAAGCCUUUAUGGUAAAACGUGAGCAACAUUUUGGUGUUAAUAAUGAUUACCAAAAUCCAAGUAGGACUGAUAAUUUCAGUGCUGUACCAAAUGGAGAUACUGAGCAUCAUCAGAAAGGAAGACGAGUAGGACCUAUCAAAUCGUCAGGACCCACUGUGAUCCCAUCUUUUGAUGAUAAAAUGUUUUAUUACAACACUGGCCCCAAAAAGAGAACUGGGCCCAUCAAACCAGAGAAAAUACUGGAACCAUCGAGUCACAUGGAGUAUGGAAAAAGUUGGAGACCAGGGGAUGAAUGCUUUGCUCUUUAUUGGGAAGACAACAAGUUCUACCGGGCAGAAAUUGAAGCUCUCCAUUCUUCUGGGACAACUGCAGUUGUUAAAUUCAGUGAUUAUGGAAAUUAUGAAGAGGUGCUUCUCAGCAACAUCAGGCCUGUUCAUGCAGACACAUGGGAGGAGGAGGAAGAGACGUAUGAGCAAACUCUAGAAUUCCGCAGAGGAGGUGAUGGUCAGCCACGGCGGUCCACACGACCCACUCAACAAUUUUAUCAACCCCCCCGAGCUAGAAACUGAUUAAUGAGAAAAGAAAGUUUUUUCAUUUAGAAACCUUCUUGGAGUCGGGGGGAAUUCACUGGCAGCUCCCAACUUGCUGAACACUUCUUCUAGAAGAAAUUUUGGGGUUUUCCAAGCAGCAGGAUGGAACAAAGAAAGCUCAUGUGAGCAGAAGGAAUUUGGACCUGACACCACAAAAGACUUUUUUAAAGUUCUUAGUUAAAUGAAGCUAAAUACUUUUUACAUAUGAAAGAGGCAAAUUGUCAUUGCUACCAUCAAUAAAACCACAGUGCACUAUUCCAUUCUUUGCCUUGCAUUCUUUUUACUGAGCCUCCAUUGUUAGUUAACAUCAUAAUGUAUCAUGAUUUUUUCUUAAUUUUUUAACUGAUUUUACUUCUAAUAUUGCUUCUAGUAAAGUAAAAUUAAAGCAUAUUUUCUCAAAAGCUGACAGGGUUGGGCAUUUCAUUUAGAUUUUUGGUUAGUAUUAGUGAAACAUGUUAAAAAAAUUCAGCUAAUUGUACAGUAAAAUUCUGAAUAGGCUUUUGACUAUGUUUUUUUUGUUUAUUUUCCAAAGUUGCUGAAAGACAAAUUAUAGAUUUGCUUAUUGUGUUUUUCAUGAUCUGUGACCAGACGGUCAAACAGGAGAAAGAAAGAAAAUAAUCAGUUUCAAUAGUAAUUUUCUAAGUAAUUUGAGGUAAAUAUGUUCUUUAUAGGAAUAUUUAUAUUAAAGAAAUAGGAACAUUUCUAAAAGGUACAGAAAAGUCAUUUAAACACAAAAUAAUGCACAUUGGUAUUUUAAGCAUAAAUAUGUGUAUAAAUGCACAUGUGCGAGCUGUUGGAUAGUAGGUACUUUCUUGUAAUUUUAAACUAUGCUUUCAUUGCUUCAUAUUACUAGAAUUUUUUCAGUUGUCAUUGAUGUUUGAAAAAAUCUUAUGUCAAACUACUUUUCAUUCUAAGCUGUAUCUUUGAACCUUAUGUGAUUAUGACAAAUAGUUGAAAUUUCACUAUUUCUUUGGCUGAGAAGCACUCAAAAUCUAGGUAACCUGGAAAUCCCUUCUAAGCCUUAUGCUGAUCAUUUAAGACUGAAAUAGCACAUGUGUUUUGAGGUAGUUUUGUAGAGAUAGAAUUAUACCUGAGAGAUGUAUUGAUGGUAUAAAUUGUACAGCUAAUUCUGCUGUAUUUCUCUCUGAGUGCUCAUACAAAACUGUUUGAAUAGAACUUUGUUUAUUUGGAUGAUAAGAAGUUUUAUAUUGAGGAUGUAAUUGAAUGUAUCUGCAGUACAGAAUAUGGAUUAUUGUCUGGAUGCAAUCAAAUCUUACCAAUCACAUACAUUUUUGCAGAAUAGUAAGCAACCAAAUGUUUUGCUGUCUUAAUGGAUCAUAAACAACUUCUUCAUAAUUACGAUGAACCUUACUAAUAAUUCUAAAGACUUUUGGAAGUUUUAAACAUGAGCUGUACAGUGUUAAAGUUCCUCACUAUCAACUAAUGCACAAAAAGUUUUAUGAAGUUUGUUAGAUUUCCAUUAGAAACCACUUUACAAAUAGUAUGAAACAUCCUGGUCAGUUCUGCUAAAUUGUACCAGCAAUAAAUAAACUGUAGAUCUAAUACAUUGCAUGUUGAAUAUUUUACUUCCAGAAUUAUUGCUAAGACUACUGACAGCAGCUAUUCAGCUUCAUUAAGAAAUGCAGCCAUAGCAUUGUUUUAAAAAGCAGUUUUGACUUUCCUUUGCAAAGAGGAUGUGCAUUAAACAAGCCCUACAGUCAGUGUACCAAAGCAACUUCUGAAAUUAAAAUAACUUUUAUGUUCUUUUGGGCUUUCAUUCUUGCUGUGAACUAAAUCAUAAAAUAAAGAAAACUACAGUCUGAUUUAGUGAACUUUAAAAAAUAAUGCCUUGUUAUGAAAUUUUAAGACUCUACAAAUACAAAGCAGCAUUCCUCUCUAGUGGCUAUGGCAUUCUGAGAUUAUGACAUGUAUGUGCAGCUGUAGGCAAAUGAAAUAUCCUUGAGAAUGUUGUUUUUCUUUGUGAAACAUUAAAGACUAUUUCCUGGUCUUUUUAAGGGAGCUGCGUAUCUAGAAAGCCAGAGUAAGCAAACAGCUCCAGAGUCUUCUUUGAA